CGUCCGCAAUAUAUCGAUGCUCAAACCAACGCUUCGGUUUCACGUUUGUCACCUUCCAACUUCUCUCUGACUCUGUCUCUUUCACUCUCACUCCACUACUUUCUAGGGUUACCUGCCUCCCUCUCUCUCUCUCUCUCUCUCUCUGCCAUGAAGAAUACUCACCCUUCCGAUUCCACCUUCCGGCGAACCCCACCGCCUCACGCCACACAUGUUUUUAACUCGCCGCUCAAUUCCCGGCCCGCGCGGUCCCCGUACCCGCACCGCCUCCCCAAUUUUCCCGCGAACAGACGUCUUGACCGUCCUCCGGAGCGAACCGCACCUCCUUCCCGCCCCAACUUCAUCCUCCAGCUACGCUCCAACCGGAGAGGUCCUCAAAACCCGAAUAUCGAGUCCGUGAUCGCACAAUGCAAGCCUUCGCCGGAUAAUUCCAGGGUCUUUCAAUCCAGUUCCGUCGCAGGAGCCUUGUAUUUCUCUCAAUGGACCAAUGUUCUAGAAGCGCUGGUCAAUCUCUGGGUCUCGCGUUUCGACGGCGCCCACGGUUUCGAGCCGAUGGUUGUAAGUAACAUCUCGGUCCCUUCCGAUCGCGCUGAGCUUCGGGACCGGCUCCAAACCCUAUUCACGGACCGCGUGCGCGGUCUUAUGGACGGGGAAGAAGUGAAUAAAUGGCGUAAGAAGCUCCAGUGCACGUCGGACGAUAUGAGAAAAGUCACGGCUAUGCUGCGUAGGCCGAACCCAUUCCUCAGGCGGGACCACCUCUGUAAUAAGCAGGAGGGGCUAAUUGCCGAGAGGGACUUGAUUGCGAGACGGUUGAGGGAGUUCGAGUCUGCAAUGUACUGUAUACUGUCUCAUUUGGAAGGAAAGAGGAAUGCUCUGGAGGAGAUUAGCGACGAGGGCGUGGAACUGUUUAUGUUCAGUGAGGUUAUCGAUUGGAAUCAGGUUUACAGCUUGAUAUCGCGGGAGUGUCGACGGCUUGAGGAUGGGUUGCCGAUUUAUGCUUACAGGAAGGAGAUUCUUCAGCACAUUCAUGUCCAACAGAUAAUGGUGUUAAUUGGAGAGACUGGCUCCGGGAAGAGUACACAGUUAGUUCAAUUUCUUGCAGACUCAGGACUUGCUGGUGAUAAGUCCAUUAUAUGUACUCAGCCUCGCAAGAUUGCUGCCGUCUCAUUGGCAAAUAGGGUCAGAGAAGAAAGCAUUGGGUGUUAUAAAAACAAGUCAAUCAUUUUCUAUCCAACAUCUUCAGUCAUUCGGGCAUUUGAUUCCGACAUAGUAUAUAUGACGGACCACUGCUUACUGCAGCAUUACAUGAAUGACAAUAAUUUAUCUGGGAUAUCAUGUAUCAUAGUUGAUGAGGCUCAUGAGAGGAGCUUGAAUACUGAUCUCCUCCUGGCAUUGAUCAAGAGUUUAUUGUGUCGAAGAAUUGAUAUACGGCUUGUUAUAAUGUCUGCUACUGCAGAUGCAAACCAGCUCUCAGAGUACUUUUUCAAAUGUGGAAUUUUUCAUGUGGUGGGAAGAAACUUUCCAGUUGAUGUCAGAUAUGUCCCUUGUGUGAUGGAAGGAAUUUCUGUUUCUGGUUUUGUUGCUUCAUAUGUGUUUGACGUCGUGAGGAUGGCAACUGAAGUUCACAUAAAUGAGAAAGAUGGAACGAUUCUUGCAUUUCUAACUUCUCAGAUGGAAGUAGAAUGGGCUUGUGGAAAGUUCAAUGCUCCCUCUGCAGUUGCAUUAGCUUUACAUGGGAAACUUUCUUCUGAAGAACAAUUUCGUGUUUUCGAAGACCUCCCUGGAAAAAGAAAAGUGAUAUUUGCUACAAAUGUUGCAGAGACAGCUCUGACAAUUCCUGGGGUCAAGUAUAUAAUUGAUUCUGGGAUGGUUAAAGACAGUAAAUUUGAACCUGGCAGUGGCAUGAAUGUCCUCAGGGUUUGCAGGAUCAGCCAGAGUUCUGCUAAUCAACGAGCUGGGCGUGCUGGGAGAACCGAACCUGGAAGGUGUUAUAGACUCUACUCAGCAUCUGAUUAUGAAUCUAUGCCUCUUAACCAGGAACCCGAGAUUCGAAGAGUUCACCUUGGAGUUGCAGUUCUUAGGAUCCUUGCUUUAGGCGUCCAGAAUGUACAGGACUUUGACUUUGUUGAUGCUCCAAGCACUAGAGCUAUUGAAUUAGCCAUCAGAAAUCUUUUUCAGUUAGGAGCUAUUACACGGAGGAGUAAUGGUGCUCUGCAAUUAACCAACGAUGGUAGGUCUUUGGUUAAAUUGGGUAUUGAGCCUCGGCUUGGUAAGCUGAUCCUUGGCUGCAUUGAUCAUCGUUUGUGUCGGGAGGGAGUUGUUCUUGCUGCUGUAAUGGCUAAUGCCAGUAGCAUAUUUUGUAGAAUUGGUAAUGAUGAAGAUAAACUCAAAUCUGAUUGCCUUAAGGUGCAAUUUUGUCAUCACAAUGGUGACCUCUUUACUCUUCUAUCUGUUUACAAAGAAUGGGAGGCUGUGCCUCAAGAUAGGAAAAGCAAGUGGUGUUUUGAAAACAGCAUCAAUGCCAAAUCCAUGCGUAGAUGUCAAGAUACAAUCAAGGAAAUAGAAUCUUGUCUUCAACGUGAUCUUCAUGUUAUUACUCCCAGUUACUGGAUGUGGGAUCCUCAUAUGUCUACUGAGCAUGAUAAAAAUAUGAAAAAGGUGAUACUCUCUUCCCUUCAAGAAAAUGUAGCCAUGUACUCUGGGUAUGAUCAACUUGGUUAUCAAGUUGCCCUUACUGGACAUCAUGUCCAGCUGCAUCCUUCAAGUUCUUUACUAAUAUUCAGUCAGAAGCCUAGCUGGGUAGUUUUUGGGGAAAUCUUAUCAAUUUCUAAUGAAUAUCUAGUUUGUGUAACUGCUGUUGACAUUGAGUCUUUGUCUACUCUCUACCCUCCCCCUCUGUUUGACAUGUCUAUGAUGGAAAGCCGGAGGUUGCAGGUGAGGGUGUUGACCGGAUUUGGUAGUACUCUUCUGAAAAGAUUUUGUGGGAAGUCCAACAGUAAUCUGCAUGAUCUUGAAUUGUGUAUGCGAACAGAGUGCAUGGAUGAUCGUAUUGGCAUUGAAGUCAAUAUUGACCUGAAUGAGCUUCGGGUAUUUGCCACUUCAGAAGGUAUGGAAAAGGCUUUUAGUUUUGUCAAUGGCGCGUUGGAGUAUGAACGGAAGUUGUUGCUUAGUGAAUGCAUGGAGAAAGGCUUAUACCAUGGACCUGGUGUCUUGCCUCCUAUUGCACUGUUUGGAGCUGGUGCAGAGAUCAAGCAUUUGGAGCUUGAAAAGAGAUGUUUGACUGUCGAUGUGUAUCAUUCAAAUAUAGACGCAAUUGCUGAUAAGGAGCUUAUAAUGUUUCUUGAGAAGUUUGCCUCUAGUAGUAUCUGCGCUAUCCACAAGUUCACAGGCAUUGGACUGGAUAAUUGUGACAAAGAGAAGUGGGGCAGGGUAACAUUUCUUACUCCUGGUGCUGCUGCAAAGGCUGCUGAACUAAAUGGAGUUGAAGUCAAUGGCUCUUUGGUAAGGGUAGUUCCUUCACAGACAUCAUUGGGAGGGGAUCAUAAAAUGUUUUCAUUUCCUGCAGUUAAGGCUAAAGUAUAUUGGCCACGUAGGCCCAGUAAGGGGAUUGCAAUUGUAAAAGGUGAAGAACAUGAUGUUCAGUUCAUGGUUAAUGAUUUCUAUAACCUGCUGAUAGGAGGAAAGCGUGUUCGUUGUCAACCUAGCAACAAGUCUAUGGAUAGUGUCAUGAUAAACGGAAUUGAUAAAGAGCUUUCAGAUGCUGAAAUUCUUGAAAUAUUGAGGUCUGCUACAAAUAGGAGAAUCCUUAAUUUCUUCCAGGUGAGAGGAGAUGCUAUAGAAAAUCCACCAAGCAGUGCUUGUGAGGAGGCGCUUCUAAAAGAAAUCUCUCCAUUUAUGCCUAAAAGGAACCCUCACUCUAAUUGUUGCCAAGUCCAGGUUGUCCCACCUGAACCAAAGGAUACUUUCAUUAAAGCUUUUAUCACUUUUGAUGGAAGAUUGCAUCUUGAGGCAGCAAAAGCUUUGGAGCAACUGGAAGGGAAAGUAUUGCCUGGUUGUCUUUCAUGGCAGAAGAUAAAGUGCCAGCAGUCAUUUCAUAGCUCCUUGUCAUGCCCUGCGCCUGUCUAUUCUGUGAUCAAUAAGCAAUUGGAAUCUUUACUUGCAAGCUUCAGGCAUUUAACAGGUGCAGAGUGCACUCUAGACAAGACUGCUAGUGGUUCCUAUCGAGUGAAGAUAUCUGCUAAUGCUACAAAAGUUGUGGCAGAACUCAGAAGACCUGUGGAAGAGCUUAUGAGGGGGAAGACUAUAGAUGAUGCCAGCCUCACCCCAACCGUUGUACAGCAUCUAUUUUCCAGAGAUGGCAUCAAUCUUAAGAAGUCGGUGCAACAAGAGACAGGAACCUUCAUUCUUCUUGACAGGCAUAGCCUUAAGGUACGGGUGUUUGGUUCCCCAGACAAGGUUGCGUUGGCACAGAAGAAAUUGGUUGAAUCCCUUUUGGCCCUUCAUGAAAGCAAGCAACUUGAGAUCCGUCUCCGUGGUCGAGAUCUGCCUCCCAACCUUAUGAAGGAGGUAGUGCGAAAGUUUGGGCCAGACCUCCAUGGGCUCAAAGGGAUGGUACCUGGGGCUGCAUUUACUCUCAAUACUCGUCGACAUGUCAUCUCUGUUCAUGGUAGCAAAGAGUUGAAGCAAAAAGUAGAAGAGAUUAUUUAUGAGAUUGCACAGAUGAGAUAUGAUUUGGCUGAAAGGUUUGACAAUGACACUGCUUGCCCCAUUUGCCUGUGUGAGGUUGAGGAUGGUUACCGGCUUGAGGGCUGUGGGCAUUUGUUCUGUCGUUUGUGUCUUGUGGAGCAGUGUGAGUCUGCAAGUAAGAACCAGGAUAGUUUCCCAAUACGGUGUGCACGUCAGGGCUGCAGGGUUCCAAUUUUGGUUACGGAUUUGAGGUCUCUCUUGUCUAGUGAGAAGUUGGAGGAACUCUUCAGGGCAUCUGUUGGGGCCUUUGUUGCAUUGAGUGGGGGCACUUACAGAUUUUGCCCGUCUCCUGACUGUCCUUCAGUUUAUCGAGUGGCAGAUCCUGGGACUGCCGGUGAGCCAUUUUUCUGUGGGGCAUGUUAUGCCGAGACUUGUACAAGUUGCUGCCUGGAGUAUCAUCCAUACCUGUCGUGUGAGAGGUAUCAGGAGUUCAAGGAAGAUCCGGAUUCAUCUCUCAGGGAGUGGUGCAGGGGCAAAGAAGAUGUGAAGAGCUGCCCUGUGUGUGGCUAUACAAUCGAGAAAUUUGAAGGAUGCAAUCAUGUUUUGUGUAGAUGUGGGAGGCACAUAUGCUGGGCAUGUUUGGAGGUCUUUGGAACCGGUGAGGACUGCUAUGACCAUUUGAGAAAUGUACACGGCGCCAUCAUAUGAGGCUAAGCUGCUCUGUUAAUAAUAUUACCCCUAAUUCUAACCUUCGGUUUUAAGUUAGGUAUGUAAAUAUAACUCAAGUGUACAUAGGUCGUAUACCCAAUUGUGUGGAAGGUAAAGGUUGCUGCAGAUGCUUGCGUCUUUUCAUGUGUUCAGCGGAUGCCUCUUAUCUCUCAUCCGGAGUCUUUCUCAUGCAUGUAUGGGAUGUUGCAGAUGCUUCUGUACAUAUCUUAUGAUUUAUCUAAUACAUGAUUGCCUUUGUUUUCCUCUC